UGGCUUUUAAUCUUGAUCUACCAUUAGCUCUUAGUGCGUGCCUUAAGAAGUGAUCAGGGAUCACUAGUAUAGAUUGAUGUCAUGUUUCCCAUGUUUCUUGCAUAUGAUCUUUUAGCAAUUUUCGGUAGCUUGCUACUUGCAUUUUUUUUAAAUAGAACCAUAAUUGGAUAAUUUUAUCUAAUACUUCUAAUGUCUCCAUAAUUUGGUACUGUAGUCUGAAGUGGAGGAAGUGUGAUGUUGGGAAGCCUAAUUUCAUUGAACAACUUCAUGGUGUCACACGACUACUGUCACAGAUGGUUGAAACAAUGUUGAAGGCAGCAUGCGAGAUAUCAGUCUUACUUGCUCGAUCAUUUUUCAUGGGAUUUUCUUUGACAAUCUUGUCAUUGCUAGCGCAUCUCAGAGUACUGGUUCAGCAAAUAUUACUGGAUGUUGUUUCAGUAUUCAACAUUGUUUCUUCUAUUUCACAGAAAAAGCAGUCUGUAAAAUUAACCCAUGAAGGAGUUGAGGUUUUUAGGGAGUUUCAUCCAACACAUCAAGAUUAUAUAAUGCUAGAGUGCAUAUGGAAAACUGAUAAGUUCGUAUUGCUAGAAAGCACAUACAAGAAUGAGGAGAGCAAUUCGGCUGGUGAUAGAGAAAAUACUUCAGUAGGGGCACCGGCAAUACACUACAGAAGCAUCGACUGUUUUCUUGAAGAUGAAUGCAACUCAGUCCCUCAGAAGGCUGAGAUGCGUAAAGCUGUCGAGCAAGGUCUGCUUCGGGUUGAAGAGGAUGGAACUGGAUCUACUCCCAAUGCCUCCGUGCCUAGUGGCCAUGAGAAACAGGGCAAUGUCUUGAGUGAGGAUGGGACUGGAUCUAGCCCUGAGAACAAGUUGGCUGUGGAUGGCGGGUUUCUUGAUUGUCCGUCAGAGAGUUCAGUCCCCUCAAACAUGAAGUCUGGAACCAAAAAGGUGGCCUUUGUUUCUGUAAAGAAACCUUUGUCAUCGAGUAACGUGGAUCUCAAUUCAAACAAAACUCGUGUGAAAAGCGGCAACGUCGAAGAUCCAUUCUUCAAUUUGCUUGCCGGCGGAAACCUUCGGGAAUCUCUUCUAAAUGACGAUUAGUAGGUGUUGUUCGUUUCUUCUUACAUGUUAUGUAAUUUAUCUUAGUUACUAUUUUUCGAAACUUAUGCAUCCAAUUUAUAUGAGCGCACCAGCAAGCGACAAA